AUGAUCGUGUUAUGGGUUAUACUGCUUGUUCUUCACCGAGGAUAUACACUUGUUCCAGUAACUACAGUUCAACUUGGGGAGACUGUAACCAUUCCAUGUAAUCUGCCAGCGAUUGAGACCAUUCGUAAAGAAGUCCAUUGGUACAAGCAGAGUACCGGGGACACUCUGAAAGUAAUUUGGACAAUGAGGGAAUCUGCAACACCCGAGUUUACACCUGAGUUUAAUAACUCGAGAUUGAAGGUCAAUCACCAUAAACAUUUUACCAGCCUGACCAUUUUGAAGACAAAUCAAGAGGACGAGGGAAUCUAUCACUGUGGAUUCACAGAGUGGCGUAAGAAUACUGAGUGGACCGGGACGUAUUUGCUGGUAAAAGGAAACACCCAGGGAACAUCAAACUACACUUUUGUUAAGGAGAAAGUCCAUCCAGGAGACUCUGUGACUCUUCAGUGUUCAGUCCUCUCCAACUCUAACAGAAAGACAUGUCCAGGAGGUCACAAUGUGUUCUGGUUCAGGGAAGCAAAUCCAUCUCAUCCUAGCAUCAUAUACACUGAUGGAAACAGACAUCAUGAAUGUAAGAAAAGAUCUGAGACUCAGCAGAGUUGUGUUUAUCGCUUGUCUAAGAACAUCAGCUCCUCUGAUUCUGGGACUUACUACUGUGCCGUGGCCACAUGUGGAGAAAUAUUAUUUGGAAAUGCAACUAAACAACAAAUGGCGCAAACAGCAGGUUUGGAAUUUAUUUCUUUGGUGAUAGCAAUAAUCUUCUUGAUAAUUUCUGUGAUUCUCAAUAUUAUUUUCAUCUGCUGGCGAACUCCAAGAGCAGCAUGUAAACAAUUUCAAACACCAGAGUGGCUGGAGAGGUGGUUCAUUGAACGCAGCAUGGAUAAGAUCUUGGAGAAGCUUGAGGCUGCCGUGAACACUCAGACAAAGACCUCUGAGCGAAAACUGGAUGACAUCUUGGAGAAGUUCACGGCGGUCGUGAGUUCUGAGAAUUUGCUAUUUGAGCGCAAGAUUGAUAACAUCUCGGGCAAGCUCACGGCUCUCCAACGGGAGAUUGAGAGACCAGUGUCGGACUGCUAG